AUGACCCACAAUGUCUUCUACGUGAUGACCUUGAAGAUGACGAACACCCAUUCUGAGUACGUUUUUGUAAAAAAAAAUUGGCAUCAAAUCACAACCAGGUUUCUGGACACUUCUGCCUCUCUCAAGUUUGACUGCCUCCUCCCCCUCCCCUAUUCUCCGCAGUCGGUCAAAGCCCGCAAUACCACUGUACCAUCAUAUAUUGUUCUGGGAUGCACUCUUGGUGCUAAAUGGGAAGCAGCGAUCUUGGGGGACGGGGGUAAUAACACCGCGCAAUUUAAGGUGACUUCUAGUCCGAUGUCCGGUUAA